AUGGCGUGGCUGCGAUCAGUGACCCGGGUAGCCCGCUGGCGAGCUCCCCCCACGGGUGUCUCUUCUUCUCUGCGACGCUUCGCCACAGCUUCCGACGUGAGAGACCAGGCCGCCGCCCAGCCUCGACCCGACAAUCGAGUGAAUAUAGUAGAGGUUGGUCCAAGAGAUGGCCUCCAGAACGAGAAGAAGACCAUACCUCUCGCGACCAAGAUUGAGUUGAUUGAGAGGCUGGCGCAGACGGGACUGUCGUUCAUCGAGGCUGGUUCGUUUGUCUCCCCAAAAUGGGUGCCGCAGAUGGAUAACUCCUCCGCCAUCAUGGAGCACCUCCUGACGAAAAAUGUCAUCUCGCCAGUCCCGAUCACGUAUUCAUUCCUUGCGCCGAACGCGAAGGGCGUUGCCAAUGCGACCGCUCUGCUACGGGAUCACCAAGGCGCGUACAUGACCCAAACCGAGUCUCUCGCAGGUGUGAACGGGAAGCCUGCAAUGGAACUUGCCGUGUUCGCUGCCGCGACCGAAAGCUUCUCGAAGCGCAACCUGAACUGUGACAUCGCCACCUCCCUCGAAAGAUUCCGAGACGUGAUACAAGGGGCAAAGCAGAUUGGCAUCAGAGCUAGGGCCUAUAUCUCGGUGGUUCUGGGGUGCCCCUUCGAAGGCUAUGAGGUUGACCCUCAUAAGGUGGCUGAGAUUGCCACCUCACUGCUCGAGAUGGGAGCAGAUGAGAUAUCCCUGGGAGAUACUACUGGAAUGGGCACUGCACCCCGGACCCAGGAGCUUCUGAGGUGCAUGGCGGCUGCUGGGAUACGGAGCGAGGAUAUCGCCAUGCACUUCCAUGAUACAUAUGGACAGGCCCUGGUCAACACGGCCGUCUCGUUAGAGCGCGGCGUCAGGACCUUCGACAGCGCCGUGGGCGGUCUCGGCGGGUGCCCCUACAGCCCCGGAGCUACUGGAAAUGUAGCGACUGAGAACAUGGUCUACUUUCUCGAGAGCCUGGGUAUGGAGACUGGUGUUGACCUUGACGCGAUGGCGGAUAUAGGUCAGUGGAUCACUGGCGAGCUGGACAAGCCGAACGAUUCUGCUGUAGGAAAAGCUGUGUUGGGAGCACGUCAAAGUGCGGCGUCCGCUAGCCCUUGA